CUUUUAAUAAUAUUAUUUAAAUGACACGAGGAUACAUUUAAUACUUCAUACAAGUUUGUGAAGCCAAGCUUGAAGGUCUCUCGGUUCGACAUAUUAAAUAAAAUUAAGAUGUUCAAAUUGACAGUAACACUUUUGUGUUUCGCCGCGGCAAUGGCACAAGACUUGGACGCCAUGUUGCUAGACAUCUACGGUCCAGACAUGACUGUUAAUAUGAUCUACAAGAAUUCUGAAGAAGCGAGAGACAUGAAUGCUGAGAUUCCUUCAAAUCCUGAAGAAGAAAGCGUGAAUGUUGAAAUGCCUCCAAAUCCUGAAGAAAGGGUGAAUACUGAGCUGCCUUCAAAUCCUGAAGAAGCGGUAGACGUGGUGAAUCCUGAGGUCCCUUCAAAUCCUGAAGAAGCGGCAGACGUGGUGAAUCCUGAAGUGCCUUCAAAUCCUGAAGAAACGGUAGACGUGGUGAAUACGGAGGUGCCUCAAAUUGCUGAAGAAAGGGUGAAAAGGCAAGCGCCUUCAAAAGAUGAUAAUUCAUGCGACUUAGGAACUACUAAAGGACGCUGUGUACCGUAUUACCUGUGCAAUGGGAAUUUGACUGGCAUCAGCCUUGACCAAGCAAGCUCCUGCCCUGGCACCUUAGACGUCUGUUGUCCACCGAGUGACUAAAAACCGUUUUCGAUUAAUUAGUUAAGUUAAAAUUUAUGAAAAUUGGCGCCGUAUUAAGUUUUGUCCGAGUAUUUUACCUAAAUAACAAAUAUUUAUGAACAUUUUCAAAAUCCCAAAUAUAAUUUGUUUGUCUCAAGUAGAUGAUUUGACCGUGGUCCGCGACCUUUCGUUUAGGAUUUUUAAACUGUAAUCAUGUUUGUUAUUGUGAUUCAUAUAGCAUUUUUAGCAUAACAACUUUACUAAUAAAUAAGUAGGUAAAUCUGUAAGAAAAACCCAUAACGGACUUGAGUCAUUAGAGCUAAGAAUUACGUAAUUUAUUAUUAAUAUUGUGAAUAAAACUUUAUUUUUAUAUAA